UCAGUCAUUUUUCCUUCAGCCUGUUGCUGUGUGCGUGUGUGCGCGCGCGCGCUUUUCCCCCCUCUACGGCGCUAAAUGAUUGGGUUUAGUAAGUUAUACGUUCUGUUCAGGCACCAGGAACCGCUUUCUACAAGCUCUUAAACUCUUUCAGCUCGGAAAUCUUUUGCUUAGACAUGUCAAAUUCGACUUUUAACAGCGAAUAUCUUUACAAUUUACCCGCCGCUGUUGUUCAUGAAUUCACCCGUGUUAUGGAUUCACUCCCGUAUUCAGACUGGCAGAGAUUUGCUUCCCAAGUAAUAUGUGACCAGACAGAGCUUCGGCUCUUGGAGCAGAGCGGCAGACGGACGGAAACACUAAUACACAAAUGGGGGUGCAGGAACGGGACGGUCGGAGACCUCAUAACCGUCCUGCAAGAUUUGGAGCUGUUCAGACCUCGAGAUAUCAUUCUUAAAUGGCGGCGUAUUCCACAACUGAGCUCAACCUCCCCCAGCUCCCUGCCACCACCGAGCCUCACCCACAGCAGUUCACCCUCCUCAUCAUUAUUUACCCCCUCUAAAGACUUCACCCGCGCCCUCUCCAAUCUAGAGAGCAAGCUGCUACCCAGAACUGGAACUGGACCUCCACCCCCUGAUCUGCCCAGGACAUGUCCCUGUCCACCAUCAACCGUUUUAAAAGAAAGUAAAAAAGAAGAGCGUUCUUACGACAGCUGUGCAGUUAAGUCGCCGCCGUUCACGGGCGUCAUGUGCUGGCCGUUCAACGAAGUGCAGCGAGGUACGGACAAUUUCUCCGCAGCCAGGCAGAUCGGAGAGGGAGGUUUCGGCCACGUGUACCGCGCCUCCAUGAGGAACACAGACUUUGCGGUAAAGAGGCUCAAAGAGGAUUCCCAUAUGGGCUGGAGUGUGGUGAAGGAAAGUUUUAAGACUGAGGUGGAAAGACUCUCGCAGUAUCGACAUCCAAACAUAAUGGACUUGGUUGGUUACAGUGUAGAAGGUGGAGCAUACUGCCUUAUUUACGUGUACAUGCCCAGCGGUUCUCUGGAGGACCGGCUGCACUGUGAGAGUGGCUCUGCCCUCUCCUGGUCACAGCGUGUUAAAGUGGUGUUGGGGUCGGCGAAAGCUAUUCAGUACCUUCAUUCCUGCUCUCCUGCACUCAUCCACGGAGACGUCAAAAGGUACGGCAGUUCCAACAUUCUCUUAGGGGAACAUCUGGACCCGAAGCUGAGCGAUUUUGGCCUGGCGCGGUUGUGUCGUAACCCCAGCAGAACUCCAGGGAAGACGAGCAGCGUGGCUCAAACCUCUACGGUGCGCGGCACCCUGGCGUACCUGCCCGACGAGUACCUGAAAGAUGGCCAGCUGGGCAUGGAGAUCGACGUUUACAGCUUUGGAGUGGUGUUGCUGGAGGUGCUGACGGGCCGAAGAGCUUUAGAAACCAGCAGCCAGUCAAAGAAUGUUUACCUGAAAGACCUGGUGUCGGAACUGGAGGACGAUGGGAAAAGUUGCAGCAGAAGUAAGGACACUCGAGAGCUCUCCAAUUCACAGGCGGCGGAGAACAUCUGGAAGAAGCAUCUGGAUCCGUGGCUGAUGACAGACGCAACGCCUGGCCCUCACAGGUCGAAAGAAAUCGCUCAGUUGGCGUGUCGCUGUUUAGACCGCCGGAGAAAGAAAAGGCCUCCGAUGACUGAGGUCUUCGAUACUCUCCUGGACGUGCAUACAGGCCUGGAGGCUUUAAACGGAAGAGUCACGGUCAGAACGUCUCCUUCUCCUCCUCCUCCUCCUCCUCCUCCUCAUCUGUCUUGCCCGAUGCCUCUGCGCUCCGAUAAGUCUGUGGACUCUCUCUCUCGUCAGUUCUCAAAGCUCGGCCCUCAGGAGAACACUUUCUGCUGCUCGCACAACCACAGCUUCCCACGCCCCCCUUCCGCAGUCACUUGCUCAGAUCUCCCCGAGUCAAGAAAGAGUGAAGAAUCGUGGGACAGUCGCUAUUCCUCCUCUCGUGUGCCGUGUGAAUCGGAUGAGAGUCAAGGCUAUUCGCAGUAUCUCGUGCCAGCGUGCACAGCACAGGGAAACACGUCUCAGCUGUGGCCUGAGGGAAACGGCCAUAUCAAGAACACGCAGUCAAGCAGCUUCUCGGGAGUUCUACCGGAGCCUUCGAGUGUCGCUUCAGAUGACAGAGUUAUUAUUAAUCCAUUCAGACAGCGCUUAGUUGAGAAAAUGGCACUGUACGAGGAAGGUCGAAUCCUGACAUCAGACCUCUUCUCUUCAGGCAGUGCAUCAAACGGAGCGAUGAAUACACGACCACAGGAACCAGAGGAGAGCGACGAGUUUGCUAGCAGCUUAGCGUAGACCACUCAAACUCAUCUCUACUGACUCAUUCCAACACUUGAGAGGAAAUCGGGCACGAGGCGCUUAGCUGGUCAGGAUUUCCCAACACCAAACGUUCUCAACACCAGAAUGGUGACCUACUAACAGUUUUUUAUAUAUAUAUAUAUAU